GUUAAAAUGGAUGAAUAUGAAAACGAUGAGGAAGAAACAUAUGAAGAAGAAGAAGAAGAAUAUAUUGAUGAGAAAAAUGAAAAUUAUGAAAAUAAAGAGGAUAUUAGUGAUAGGGAAGAUUUAAGUGAUAUGGAAUAUAAUAAUGAUAAGGAUGAUUUAUGUGAUAUGGAAUAUAAUAAUGAUAAGGAAGAUUUUAGUGAUAAGGAAGAUUUUAGUGAUAAGGAAGAUUUUAGUGAUAAGGAAGAUUUUAGUGAUAGGGAAGAUUUUAGUGAUAAGGAAGAUUUUAGUGAUAAGGAAGAU